UAGGGAAUGUUAUUAAAUAACAUUUUCCAAUAAUUUUCAAUAAAAAUGAAUAAUUUUGUGAAAAUAUUUUUACCCCGCAUGGUGGUGGCCAGACAGAUGUCGGCCUACCCAAAGCAUUAUGUCGAACCAAUUUUCACCAAAGAAGCUCAGCUGGCCGCUAAAGAACAAGAUGAAUACAAUAAAUUGUUGCACGUUCCAACGAAAGCCACCAAAAACGAUGAAUCUUUGUCGGUGUUCUACAAUCCAUUCGUUCAGAAAAUCAUCAACUACAUGACCUAUGGCGGAAACAAGAAAUUGGCUCGUGAACUAUUCGAUCGUAGCAUGGAAUGUGUUAAACGCACUCAAAUCGAAAGAAUCAAUUUGGGAAAAUUGGAAGGUGCCACCGCAGAUCCAUAUGCCCUAUUGGUACAAGCCAUUGAAAAUAGCCGACCCCUGUUGCAGUUGACCGCCAUUAAAAGAGGUGGUGUCACCUAUCAAGUGCCGGUACCCAUAACCGAAAAACGUUCAUACUUUUUGGCUAUGAAAUGGUUACUGGAAGCUGCACGUGAAAAGGAACGAAAAGUACAUUUCCCGGAGAAAUUUGCUUGGGAAAUUCUUGAUGCUGCCUACGGUCAGGGUAGAGUGAUAAAGAAGAAAAAUGAUUUACAUAGGCAAGCUGAAAGUAAUCGGGCAUAUGCUCAUUAUAGAUGGAGUUAGAUGUAUGU